ACAAAGUUAAUGCAACAGAAUUCCUAACUCCUCUAAUCAUCCAUUUAUGCAUAUUCCCUUCCUCCAUAACAAAACUAGCGAGAAAGAAAGAGGUAAACAAACAUUUCCACAACAACAACCUCUCUCCCUUCUCUCGCUCUAAGCAUUGCAAUUACGCAUCAUGGUAGCCACGGUUAACCAAAUGUCUUUCAUUGUGUUAGCCUUUGGCGUCGUGUCAUUCCUUUUAGGGGUUAUUGGAGAAAACAAGAAGCCUGCAGCUGGAAAACCAGUACUUAACGAUGAUGGUGUUUCCGUUACGUGCCAAUAUCCAUAUGAUCCAACGGUUGUUUUAGGGUUUCUUUCUGCGGCCUUUCUUAUCGCAUCCACCGUGGUUGGGUAUAUCUCUCUAUUUUACCCUUACAAUGGAAAGCUUGUUCCACAAGGAACUUUAUUAAAACAUACUCCUUUCACAAUAUUCUUCAACAUCUCAUUGUUUACUGCUGGAUUAGCUGCAAUGUUCAUAUUAUGGCCAACGAUCACCGAACACAUUCACUUGACUCGCAAUGUGCAUCACGAUGUUAACUACGAAUGUCCUACGGCUAAAACGGGUCUACUUGGAGGUGGUGCGUUUUUAUCUCUUGAUUCGUCUCUUCUUUGGUUGGUUGCACUUAUGCUAGCUGGGAAUGCUCGCGAGGAUUAUUUUGAACAAGAAGGAAACAAAAGGGAGUUUGAAGCUGAUGUAAGCGCUUGAUUCAAGUUUGUUUCUGUAUUAAGAGAAUCAAUAUGUUGCAUCUUGUAUCAUUCAUUAAUUACUUGUGUAAUUUAUUUUAAAUGGUGUUGAGCAAUUCUGUGAAAAUAUGAAUGUAAAUAUAUUUUUAAUGGUUA